CGAAUCUGGCGAACAGUGCCAAACGAAGAAUCGUGAAAGUUGGGCUUCCAUUCUCUUGAGGCGAAAACAUGUAGGAGAGGCAACAUGGUGCGGCUAAGGAUUAGAUGUCGCUGUGUUGCUCUAGCUGUUGUAGUAUCACAGAUUUUCCUGGGAUUUUGGUUCUACUCACAGCCCUUAGAUCCUCCCAAACAGUUUUUGAAACGUUUAUUUAGUGAAGGAGGUCAAAGCAUUUUACAUUUAACUGACCAUGAGAUGUCCCACUACUAUACAUUUUUUGGGAAAGAUCUUUGUGUUAAAGAAGGUGUAAUUCCUGAGAAGAGCUCAGAAGGCAACUGUGUGUGCCGUAAAGGUUGGAAAGGGCGGAGGUGUGGAGUACCAGAAGUAAUGCAGAGAGCAAAGUGGAUGCAAAAUGAAGAACUUUCUAAGAAUUUACAGCUGAGGAAAAGAGCACGACGUGUGAUAUUGGUCACUCCGUUUUCUUAUGAGUUUGAUAUUUUUGAGACAAAUGUAAAUGAGCUCAAUGGACUAGUUGAUAUAUUUGUUAUUGGUGAAACUAAUUAUACAGAGCCAGGUAGUAAGGCAUCUUUGCCUGUAUUGAAUAAAUUAAAAAAAGAAUGGUUAAAAGACUUCCAAGAUAAGAUAAUAUAUGUCCCUGUGACAGAAAGUGAUCUGAAGAAAAGUUCAUUUAUGCAAAAUUUGGUUCACACCGGGCUGCGUUUAGUAAGUGACAUCCGUCCAGAUGAUCUCUUUAUUCUGACAAAUGGUGAAGAAAUCCUGAGUCGUGAUGUCUUGACUUUUCUGAAGCUCUUCCAGGGUUAUCCAUUGCCAGUAAAGUGUCAGUACCGAGAGCAUGUAUAUGGGUUUUACUGGAGAGCUACGAAGAGUAUCAAUAAUACUAAACCUCAAGUGUGUGCCUCGUCCUUUCAGUUUUUAGCUAAUGCUUUUGAGUACCAAGUGUCGCGUCUGCAAGAAGGAAGUGUUUUGGAGGAAGAUCUCAACUUUUUUACAACUCAUGAACAGCCAGUUUCUGAAUGGACAGUGCCAGAUGCUGGUUGGAAAUGUCAUUUGUGUUUGUCAGUCCAGAAUAUUUUCCGCAAGUUUCUCAACUUACCAAAGAGUUAUAGACCAAAAUGGUUCACUGAAUCAUCCUCAAGCAUGUUACCCUUCAUUCAGCGUUUGGUCAAAUUUGGCCAAGACGAGAAUUUAGCACCGAUUGGAAAAGCAAACACCCCCAGCCAGGAAAACUUGCCGUCUUACCUGUGGAACAACAGAGAAAAUUUCAAUCAUUUAUUGAAAAAUCCGUAUGAAACAAUAUCCAUCCACAACCUUGUUUAGUGCCUUGUUUGUUACAUGUUUUUGUGUCAAAGAGAAUUAUUCCUAACAUACUGAACCAAUAAUGGAUCUGAAAAGUUAGGUCUUGCUCAACAGGUAAGUGGAUGAAUCAGAUUCCUAGUAUAUGGUUUGAUUAAGAGCUUCAUAAUAACUCUCACCAUGUGCCAACCGAAUUCUAAGGUUCAAAUGCAUCACUGCAUUACUCAAAGAUGUAAUUCAAACUUUUCAUGUGAAAGAUGUCCAUAUUCACAUUGUGGAUGCAAAUAAAUAAGUAUUUUCCAUGAUUGUAAGUCUAUAUACAGAAAUUCCAUCUGACCCAUUAAUAAUAAUGAAUAGAUGAAUAAAUACAUAUAUACAUACAUACAUAUAUAUAUAUAUAUAUAUAUAUAUAUAU